AUGAAUUUGAGAAACUUGAGGAGUCAACAAUGCCGGAAAUUAAGCGUUGCAACCUUUCUAAUGUCAUUUUGCAGCUUAAGGCUUUGGGUGUUGACGACAUAUUAGGGUUCGAUUUCAUUGAGAAACCUUCAAGGACAGCUAUAGUAAAAUCAUUGGAGCAGCUAUUUUUGUUAGGUGCUUUGACAGAUGACUGUCAACUAUCUGAUCCAGUUGGACAUCAAAUGGCCCGACUUCCCUUGGACCCAGUUUAUGCCAAAGCUCUUAUUUUAGCAAGUCAGUUUAACUGCUUGGAAGAGAUGUUGAUAGCUGUUGCAAUGCUUUCUGCGGAAUCCAUAUUUUAUUUUCCGCGCGACAAGUAUGAAGAGGUUUGAAGAGUGAAUUCGGAUUGUAAUCCAUUC